AUGAUUUCUAUUGAACUUAACAGAAGUCAUCGGAGCAUUAAAGACCGAAGCCGAAGUAACGAGUUCAUUCCUGCACUAGAAUCAGUAGUUGGUAAAGCCGACAAGAAUUCGAUUCAUUUUCAAUUAGGCCUUGCUCUAGCUUCUUUUGGUCUUCGACGAUUACACCAAGGAGAGAUGCAUCGCUGCAUUCCUUCUAGCCAAGAAGGUAUACUGGUUAAGGAGGAAAUCCGUCUUUUUAUUAAAGGCUCUUUAUCUAAACUUGAAAGAGAGGGGUGCCUUUGCGCUGCAGAAAGCUUAUGCCGGAGAUCCAGCAACCAGAAGACUCCCUUUUCCAGGAUCUCUCACCCGUUCAGGGUCAUUCAGUUGGCUAAGCCCUUGCCCUUUGACAGCAUAGUGCAAUUGCCAAAGGACAUUGAUUCCAUUCCUAUCGUUCAAGGAAUAUCUUGGGAGCCAACCUGGAAGACAGUGCCUAAUGUAAGGAUCCCUAAGGAUGCGUUGUAUCCUAAGUAUCAUUCGAAACCGAUUAAGUCAGCUUUCUUAGCUCUAACUUAUGAGCUUGCUGCUUAUGGAUCAAUGCUGAGAUUAGACCAUGCACAGGAAGCCUUCUUUUCGUCGGCAGUGCUGUGGAGGGAGAGGGUACGUUUUGCCCUUGACCCGACUAACACUGAGACGGCCAAUAAAGAUCUUGAUUGCUUUGAGCGUUGGGUAGGUCCAAAACUGCCCACGUUUGAACAGUUUGAAUAUCAGGGCGAGUAA